AUGGCUACAGGAAAGCGGAAGCGAUCCCCGGAAGUGAUAGAAGAUGUUCUGAUCCAAAGAAUCUUCUUAGUCACGUUAACGAGUGCGGAUAAUAAACAAGUGAUGUAUUUAGAGAAGAUGGCAGCUGAAAAUCUCCGCGUAGGCAAGUCGCUUCUUUUGAAUCGUGAUUUGAUGGACGAAGUUCUUCUUGUUGGCAAACUUUCAGGUCAGUUUAGUGGUGAAUCGCUGUUUCAAUACCUUACAGGAUGCUACGGUCGUGCUUUUGAAGAAGGUAAGAAGAUUAUUACUAAUAUGCAGGAUGUCGAUCUGCAGUCUUCUUUAGUGAAUGGUGUUAUUGAACCAGCUAAGAAAUCGGUUGUUAAUUAUUGCCGGAUUUACUUACAUAACCCAGAUAUGUUUCCUCACAGUGAAAAAAUAUCAGCAGGUUCUGCUUUAUUGCCGAUAAUCUUUUCUGCAGUUUCAGAAAACAAUACGUUUGAACAUGAGAUCAGGAAAGUUAAUGAUUCUCCACUUGGAAAUUUUGUUCAACCGUUGAAGGCUUUAAAGAUGUUAGUGCGUUUUCCGAAUGGUGGAAAAGCAUCGGUGAAUCACCCAUUGUGGUUACCUAAAGGUGAAGCUGUGAAUGGGCGCUAUAGUUUUAUAUGCGACUGUUUUUUUAUGACUGCUAGGGUCCUUAACUUGGGUUUACUUAAAGUCAUGGCUGAGUACAGAGAUCUUAAAAAACUCUUGUCGGAUAGUAGACAUGCACUUUACUUACUGCAGAGGCGGAGCAAGAAGCAGCCUCCCUCAAAUUUUCUCCAAGAGGAGAUUUCCCGUCUCAGUAAAAUAAUUGAAUUGCUUUCUAUAGCGAACUCGAGUUAUGAAUCUCAUUUGUUCGAGGAUUAUAAUAUUCAGCAUGCAUUGUCUUUCUACCGGUUGAUGAUCGUUUGGUUGGUAGAUUCUGUUGGAGGGUUUAAAAUGCCCUUGCCAUCGAGUUGCCCUAUGGAGUUUGGUUGUAUGCCUGAGCAGUUUGUUGAUGAUGCAAUGGAGUUGCUGAUAUUUGUCUCCGAGAUUAUACCUGAGAAACUGGAUCCCAUCUUGCUAAACGAUUUUACGAACUUGAUUAUUAUGUUCGCAGCAAGUCCCAAUCAUGUCAGAAACCCUUUUCUCAGAGCAAAGAUGGUAACAGUUUUGAACUUUUUUCCCAAGAGAACAGACUCAAAUUCAACAGUUUUUUCCCCUUUCCACGACCAUCAAUUAUCUCUUGGUCAGUAUCUCGUUGAGUCUAUUUUGAGGUUUUAUGUCGACAUUGAGCUUACUGGUUCGGAUACUCGUUAUUUAGAGAAAUUCAUGUUACGUCAUGAGACUACACACCUUCUCAAGUACUUGCGGGAAGAACCAAGGCAUCAUGAUGCAUGGACGAAAUUUGCUCAAAAAGAGGAGAAGGGCGUUUAUUUGAACUUUUUGAAUUUCCUAAUAACCGAUAGCAUAUAUCUUCUGGACGAAGGGUUCAAUAAAAUUCGGGAACUAAAAGAAAUGGAAUUGAAAGAGACGAAUGAUAGAAGUGAUGAGUUCCUUUCUCAAGAAAAUAAAGUCAGGGAGUUCGUGAAGUUGGCAUUGGAAGAUAUCAGCAUGCUAGCAUUCACUUCAGAGCAUAUUACUGCUCCCUUUCUUCUUCCCCAGAUGGUUGACAGAAUAGCUAAUAUGCUGAAUUAUUUCUUGGUGCAACUAGUCGGCCCUAAACGGAAUUCUCUUAACCUUAAGAGUUCUGAAAAAUAUGGGUUCGAACCGAGGAUACUACUAAAGAAUAUUAUUAGCAUUUAUGUUCAUAUAGCGCGGGUUGAUACGGAAUAUACUUUUGCUGCUGCAAUUUGUAAAUAUGGUCGAUCAUAUAACGAAAGGUUAUUUACUGAGGUAGUAAAUAUACCUAGCUUAGGUGAAGAGAUGAUAGAAUUGGGAGAGUUUGUUAACCUUAGUGCCAAGGUAAAACUUGCAGCUGUGGAGGAAAUGGACGUGGAAACAGCCCUAGGGGAGAUACCAGAUGAGUUCUUAGACCCAAAACAGUGCACACUAAUGAGAGAUCCAGUGACUCUUCCUUCUUCUAAUGCUACAGUUGAUCGUUUGGUCAUCGAAAGGCAUCUUCUUAUUGACACCAUUGAUCCGUUCAACCGUUCACACCUUACCAAAGAUAUGCUGAUUCCCGAUGUUCAACUGAAAUCUCGAAUAGAUGAGUUCAUCAAGUCAAGAACCCAGCAGUAA